GGCACUCUUAACUUCAUCCACAGCUGUUUACAACUCCAGUCUAAUCCAUCCUUCUCCAUCGUGCACUGAAGAUGGUGUCGGGAGAAGUGUUUAGCACUUUCAGGAAAAGCAAGACUCAAAGGUCUUAUAUGAAAGUCUUCCUAUUUUUUCUUCUACUGCAAAUGAGUGCAAUGACUACUGCAACUACUCCAGAAAGCACAUCACCGACAUCAGUUUCAAAUCAGAGCUCUGGAAGCACGAGCCCAGAGCAUACCACACCAGCCUCUACAAUCACCAAUAAGUAUAUGACAUCUGGAGCUUCCAGUAAUCCACCGAAUACCUCACCUAACACCCAAACAAUUACUGUUCCCUUAGUGAGCACCAGUAUGAUCACAGCUUCACGCAAUGGAUCAUUAAUGGAAAAUGACACAAUACUAUCCUGUCCAGAAUUUACUUGUACUACAGAUUGUUACGCCCAGUUCAUGAAUAAGACGACAAAUCCUUGCCCAUCCAAUGCUUACUUCUGCGAGUUAACAAAACAGGACAUGAGUCACUCUGUCAACUGCAGUGCCUCAUGUGGCGUGUCCUGUGGGAAUGCGACUCUCAGUAAUUGCACUGUGGACUGUUGCAACACAACCAACUGCCUCAGCAGCACUCUGUUUGCCAAGACAAAUCCACCCACUACAGCAGCUACAACAAAAGCCACUACUUCAACCACAACCAUAAAGGUCACCGUUGCACCAACCCAAGCAAAUAACGGCAAGAAGUGUCAUAAUUUCACUUGUACUGGGGUAGCCUGUUACAAAAACUUCUUAUCCAACACCAUGAUGUGUCCCAUUGGUCAAGAUUACUGCAUGCUAAAAAAGACAACAACUGGGAGCGAAGAAACUUGGCAGGGCAGUUGCAGUACAGACUGCAGAAAGAUGCAAUCUUGCGCAGCCUCAGCCAGUCCCUGCUACUUGGAGUGCUGCAAUGCUACAGCUAACUCCUGCCUUUUACUAUCAGGUGUAUUAAACAUGCCCAGCUCUGCCUCCAGGGGUCCUCACUCCUCUGCACUGCUCAUGGCCUCUUUACUGCUCAUCUGGAUACUGAGAGCCCUUACUCCUUAAAUGUGUAACAGGCACAUUUACUAGGCAAUUUCGGGAAGAGCCAUUUUCAUUUUAGAAGAGUUUAUCUGAGUGUGUAUGUGUUAUAAAGCUGAUUGUACUUCUUUUACUGUUACUUUGACAUUAUCUGUGAUGUAAACAACUGGACUGUGUGUGUGUGUGUGUGUGUGUGUGUGUGUGUGUGUGUGUGUGUGUGUGUGUGUGUGUG